GCAACUUCCCGGGAGCCGGGGCCAAAGUGAGCGCAAAGUGCUGCCCAAGUUGCCGGGAUGGAGCUGCAGAGCCGGCCCGAGGCGCUCGCCGUGGAACUCGCGCGCCACCAGAACGGCGACCUCAAGAAGCAGCUCCACGAAAGGCAGCCGCGGAUCGCCGCGCUCAACGACAAACAAGCUUUGGGAGCCAUCACUGCAGUGCCUGUCACGGGUCCUCAGGUCAGCUCCUUGCAGAGGUUGGCCGGGCAAGGAGUGGCGGUGCUACCUCAGGUUAGGCCAAAGACUCUGAUUCCAGACAGCCUCCCCGUUGCCCCGGGCCGGGACCGGCCACCCAAGCAGCCCCCGACCUUCCAGAAGGCCACCGUGGUCAGUAUCAAGAACCCCAGCCCAGCCCUCCCCACCGCCAACAACACCGUGAGCCAUGUGCCAGCUCCCGGCAGCCAGCCCCAGGCCCUCGCUGAGCCCGCCGCCAUCGCCUCUCCCCUGAGCAGUGCCGGGGUGGCCUACGCCAUCCUCACCACCGCCCCCAGCAAUGCCGCCGCCGUGGCCCCCAGCACUGCCGUGUCUGUGGUCAGCGACAGCGUCAAGGUCCAGCCCCUCCUCAUCAGUGCCGACAAGAAGGUCAUCAUCAUCCAGCCUCAAGUGCAGACGCAGCCUGAGAGCACGGCAGAGUCGCGGCCGCCCACGGAGGAACCAUCUCAGGGAGCUCAGGCGACCAAAAAGAAGAAGGAGGACCGGCCCCUGAGCCAGGAGAACCCCGAGAAAAUUGCCUUCAUGGUAGCUCUAGGCCUGGUCACAACGGAACACUUGGAAGAAAUCCAGAGCAAACGCCAAGAGCGGAAGAGAAGAAGCACAGCUAAUCCUGCGUACAGUGGCCUCCUGGAGACGGAGAGGAAACGGCUGGCGUCCAACUAUCUCAACACCCCCCUGUUCCUCACAGCGAGAGCCAAUGAGGACCCCUGCUGGAAGAGUGAGAUCACCCACGCUGAGCACUGUGCUGCCUGCAAGCGAGGGGCCAACCUGCAGCCUUGCGGCACCUGCCCGGGGGCCUACCACCUCAGCUGCCUGGACCCGCCCCUCAAGACGGCGCCCAAGGGCAUGUGGCGGUGCCCCAAGUGCCAGCAGAAGGCCUUAAAGAAAGACGAUGGUGUGCCCUGGACCGGGAUGCUGGCCAUUGUGCACUCCUACGUCACCCACAAGACGGUCAAGGAAGAAGAGAAGCAGAAGCUGCUACAGAGAGGCAGCGAGCUACAGAGUGAGCACCAGCAGCUGGAGGAGCGGGACCGGCGCCUGGCCUCGGCAGUGAAGAAAUGCCUAGAGCUUAAGACGAGCCUGCUGGCCCGGCAGAGGGGCACCCAGUCAUCCUUGGACCGCCUGCGGGCCCUCCUGAGACUGAUGCAGGGCGAGCAGAUGCUGCAGGUCACCAUGACGACCACCAGCCCCGCCCCACUGCUGGCCGGGCCCUGGACCAAGCCCCCAGCGGCAGCCAUGCGCUCCGCCCUCCAGCACCCCCAGGGGCACAACUGA